AUGAUCCGCCGCGCAAUGCCCCUUCUUCUGGAGAAUCUGAGUCAGCACAGAGAGUUUAGGGAGUCAAAAGUACUUGUUAUUGGCGACACGUGUAGUCAAUAUCAUUUACCAGAAUAUCGAGUCGUCGACCCUGAUGAACUGAAAAUCGAUUUGAUGGUACAAACAUCCGAUUGGACCAUGAAUACCUUGCGAGGAAAGCUGGUCAAUGGCAAUCCAGCGGUUUUCCAGCUUUGUAGUGGCAACGGCAACCCUUUCAUAAUGACCAUCGCGUGGGGUAAUGAAAACGAAUUUCGCAGAGAUAUCAAAGUUGAAAUCACAACGUAUCAUCGUACUGCGCAAGCCCCGCAUCAAAGUGAUGAUUCUAGGUCCGACGUCUAUGCUGCAGAAUUCGAUGAGACCCUUCCUUUACAGUAUUUGCAGUCUGAAGAUCAACUUUUCGCCAGGCCUUCGUUUGCUCUCUUCUCGGAGGUAACUAAGCCGCACAAAAGCCCCGAUGUGAUAUGGGCACUGGCCAAAGCGCUAGAGCCUGGACACGUUUGGGAUGAGCCCCAUUUGGCUAUCCUGGAAGACAAUCUUGACAGGAUCCGGCUUACCGAGCAAAAGGGCAAGAGAAGGCCCCUGGAGUGCUGGAGAGGAGCUCUUCGCCUUCCUCCCGUUGAAAAGAAAUCCUCUGAUUCACCUCCCCUGUCUACAACGUCUUCUAAACGUUCCAGGAGUUAUUGGUUUUCUGCCCUCAUCCUUAUUCUCUCGUAA